AUGCCACUGUCGGCGAGUCCGCUCAGUUUCCGAGACCAGCUCGCGUUCUAUGGUGCCUACCAUACGAACCGCGUGAAUGUCGGCAUCCACAUGGUGUGCGUGCCGCUGAUCUAUAUGUCGUCGCUCGCGCUCGUCCUGGCGGCGGGCGUGUCGCUCGAGUCCGUCGCCGCGCGCCUGCCGCCACCGAUCGGCGCGCGCGUGUGGGACGUGUGCCAGCAGCUCGCCAUCCACGUCCCACCAGCCGUGUGGCCGCACCUCAAUUUCGCCUCGCUUGUCGCGGCGCUGUACCUCGCGUACUACUUCGUGCUCGACGUGGCCUCCGCGGUCCUCCUUACGCCCCUGUGGGUCGCGUACUAUGCGGUCGCGUGGCUCGCCAUGGAGCGCGUCGAGCAUGCCGCGACGUACGCAGGCAUCCUCUUUGUGACCAGCUGGCUCCUGCAGUUCUACGGCCACGGCGUGCACGAGGGCCGUGCGCCAGCGCUGCUGGACAACCUGCUGGGCGCCCUGGUCCUGGCGCCGCUCUUUGUGUUUGUCGAGACGCUCUUUCUCUUCGGCUACCGCCCCGAGCUGCAGGCGUGGCUCAAGAACGAGACGGGCCGCCUGCUGGUCCAGUUCCGCGCUCAGCAUCCCCGCAAGGCUCAGUAG